AUGGCGGACUCCGGCAUGCGCCGCGUGAUUCCUAGCGAUCUGUAUCCCUUAGUGCUCGGCUUUUUGCGUGAUAACCAACUCUCGGAGGUGGCAAAUAAGUUCGCCAAAGCUACAGGCGCUCUCUCUUUUCUACAGACGCAGCAGGAUGCCAAUGCCUCUUCCCUCUUGGACAUCUAUAGCUUCUGGCUGAACAGGUCAACCAAGGCCCCAAAGCGGAAGUUACAGACAAAUGGACCAGUGACUAAGAAGGCUAAGAAGAAGAGCUCAUCCAGUGACAGUAGUGAGGACAGGAGUGAGGAGGAAGAGAAGAAAGUUCAAGGGCCUCCAGCUAAGAGGGCUGCUGUACCUGGCAGGAGGGCCAGUCUGCCUCAGCAUCCUGGAAAGACUGUGGCCAAAGCUUCAGAGAGCAGCAGCAGUAAAGAAUCCAGUGAUGAGGAGGAGGAAGAAGAGGAGAAUAAAAAGAAAAAGGCUUCCCAGAAGGGAGUUAAACCCCAAGCCAAGGCAGCCAGAGCUCCUCCUAAGAAGGCCAACAGCUCUGAGUCUGAUUCUGACUCAAGCUCAGAGGAUGAGGCACCGAAGAACCAGAAGCCAAAGACAACACCUAUGGCAGUGAAAGCUCAGGCAAAAGCCCCAGCCAAACCAGGUGUACCAGCUCGAGCAGCACCUAAAGUAACCAAUGGCAAAGCAGCCAGCAGUAGCAGUGAUGACUCAGAAGAGGAGAAGGCAGCAGCCAUCACCAAGAAGACUGUACUUAAAAAGCAAGUUGUAGCAAAAGUCCCAGUGAAAGCAGCUGUCACCCCUACACAAAAGAGCUCUAGCAGUGAAGACUCCUCCAGUGAGGAGGAAGAGGAGCAGAAAAAACCCAUGAAGAAAAAACCAGGUCCCUACAGUUCAGUCCCUCCACCUUCUGCUCCACCACUGAAGAAAUCCCUGGGAACCCAACCUCCCAAGAAAGCUGUGGAGAUGGUACAGCCUGUGGAAAGCAGUGAAGACAGUAGCGAUGAGUCUGAUUCAAGUUCUGAAGAAGAGAAGAAACCCCUAGCUAAGGCAGUCAUCUCCAAAGCUACCACAAAACCAGACCCAGCAAAGAAGGCAGAAGAGAGCUCUUCAGACAGCUCUGACAGCUCUGAGGAUGAAGCUCCUGCCAAGCAAGCUAGUUGCACCAAGAAUUCCAUAAGUAAGCCAGCUGCCACUCCCAAGCCACCUGUGGCUAAGUCAGCCAUAAAUACUAAGCAACCUGCAUGCGGUGGCCAGAAGCCUCUGACUAGAAAGGCUGAUAGUAGCUCCAGUGAGGAGGAAAGCAGUUCCAGUGAGGAGGACAAGAAAAAGAAGACUGUGGCCACCCCUAAGUCCAAGGUGACUGCCAAAACAGCACCAUCUCUCCUUGCCAAACAGGCUCCUCAGAGUGGUGGGGACAGCAGCUCUGAUUCAGACAGUUCUAGCAGUGAGGAGGAAGAGGAGAAGACAUCCAAAUCCCCAGUUAAGAAGAAGUCCCAGAAAGCAGCAGGGGCCGUAGCCCCUUCUAAAACAGCCUCUGUAAGGAAGGUAAAGGCCGAGGGUAGCAGCAGCUCCUCCUCUGAUGAUUCCCGUGAGGAGGAGGAGGGAAAAAAACCCAAGAGCAAGGGCACUCCAAAACCACAUGCCCUCAAGGCCAAUGGCACCUCGGCAUUGACUGCCCAGAACGGAAAGCAGGCAAGGAGUGAGGAAGAAGAGGAGGAAGAGAAGAAAAAGGGUGCAGUGGCAGUUUCCAAGCAAGGUUCAGGAAAGAAACGGAAGCAGAAUGAGGGAGCGACUCCUCAAACAAAGAAGAUUAAGCUUCAAACUCCUAACACAUUUCCAAAAAGGAAGAAAGGAGAAAAAAGGGCAUCUUCCCCAUUCCGAAGGGUCAGAGAGGAGGAAAUUGAAGUGGAUUCACGAGUGGCAGACAACUCCUUUGAUGCCAAGCGAGGAGCAGCUGGAGACUGUGGGGAGCGAGCCAAUCAGGUUCUGAAGUUCACCAAAGGCAAAUCCUUCCGGCAUGAGAAAACCAAGAAGAAACGGGGCAGCUACCGGGGAGGCUCUAUCUCUGUCCAGGUCAAUUCUGUCAAGUUUGACAGUGAGUGACCUGGGGCUACCCUUGGCAAAACAAGGGUGAUGAUGGGAGGCCACUCAUCUCCAAUGGACCUGGAAACCCUCAGCACUGUUAGGGCAGGGUUUUGGUGAGGACAGAAGUUUAGAGUAGGUCCUAAGACAUUGCAACAUAAUGUCCUCUCUGGUCCUUUUCUUUGUUUUUAGUUUUGUACAGAUUUGUUUUUGAGUGUUGAGUAUCAGGGACAAUGCAAGAGGAAUGUUGUUUUUUUAAGAAAAUCAUUUUAGUUGUU